AUGGAAGAAAAGUUAAGAAAUGUUGCUGAGGACAACUUCAUAAGUAUAAUGGGCUUGGGGGCUGUUACAUGGACAAAUUAUCUAAGAAAGCGUCUUCAACUAACAAUAAGGUCACUUCAUACCUUGACAGGCAAUCAAUUAGAUCAAAUUUUAAUGUCUCCACAUCUUGCAUCUUUGGACGUUCCUGACAUCUGGAGUCCUAAUUCUUCAAGUGGGAUUAUUCCAGCAAUUCACAAAAGCUGUAAGUAA